UACAGUGUUCAAGAAACUUUGUUAAAACAUUUCAUUUGAGUUUAUCAUUAAUGCAUGCGUGCUCACUCCUGUAAGAUCAUUUAAAAUGAAGUGCGCUCUUGUAGGUGACGUGCACAUCUGUGUUUGGAUUUUAAAUUUUCUUACCUUUUCAUUGAUUUAUGGAAGCCCAUCGAGGUUAAGUCUGUUCCAGGGCAAUCCCUAUUCAGGCUCGGUCUCACGACAGAGGAACAAAAACUGGUGCGCGUUCGUUGUGCACAGAAACGUGUCGUGCGCGGUGUUGGCGGCUACUGAAAACGUCAUGGAGCCGCAUUACGCGCCCUGCGCGCCGCAUCAUCCAGACUGUGCACAGCGGAUGAUGUAUCAUACUCGUUUGAGGACGAUAUACAAAGUAGGCUACAAACAGGUGACGGAGCUGGAGUGGAGAUGUUGUCCAGGGUAUCAGGGUCAUGACUGUACUGAACUGAAAGAUGCCCCACCAAGACCUCACGUCCUGGAGGAACCACGUCAGUCCAACAACGGGCAACAACAGAGCGUGCUUGGACCAGAGCUUUUCUCUGGGACACACCCUUGGGCACCUCAAGGGCAUAGCGGACCUGCUUUUGAUCCCUUGACGCAGACAGGAAAGCACCCACACGAGAGUCGCCGAGUUCAGGCGUUAGAGGAAGAAGUGGAACGUCUAACUCAGACAGUCCUCCACCUCCAAAGUGCAAUGACAUCGGCCAAUGCAAACCUGCGGAUGGAGUUACAGGAAGAUGCCAGCAAGAUCAUUGAAAACAUGUUGGGGAACUUGCGACAACCGCAGGAUGUCAAGACAGGUGGAACUGAGAGCAUCCUGUUCCCGUACGACCUUCGGGAGUCACCGGGGGCAGAUGAGCUCCAGAAUCAAGUCACCCACCUCUCCAAUACGAUCAAUACCAAUACAAACAGCAUCCAAGAUCUGCACGUUCGGAUCCAGAGCAUUGACGGACAGCUUCAUCAACUAACAGAGACGACCGCCUCAAAUCAACCUUCCUCCACAGCUUCACCCGACGAGUGUCCAUGCCAGUCGCACAUAGAUAAGAAGCUUUCCGCCCUCCGUACGGAGCUUCUCGAAGGCAUGGACAUCAAAUUAUCUGACCUGAAGAAUGCGUGCGACUACAAGGUGAUGUCGGUUCAGGAGCAUUGCGAGGAACAAGAGACUUCAUACUUGAGCUUGGCCGAGCUUCUCGACUCCAAAGAGACCGAACUCCGCAAAGAGAUUCAAGACUUGCAUCUUCUUCUUCCAAACACAACCUCCUCCCCGGGACUGAACAAUGCUGAGGUCCAGAAGCUACGAGACAACCAGCAGAUCCUGACCGAUGCCAUCAGGCAACAGAACGCCACCCUUGCGCAGAUUGACGCGCAGGGACGUGUUCUGGAGAUGAGCGUAAAAGGUGCGGAGAAACUUUGCCUUAACCUUGAGGAGAAGUUGAGAGGCGAACGACUUAAAGAAGAGGAAGAACAAAACCAAGCAUUUGAAGACAUGAUCAAUAAUGUGCAACGGAACGGAUCAGAUCAUGACCAGCGGCUGGAAGUCCUGGAGAGACGCUCGCACAUCCUGCAGGAUGAGUUGGGCGUACUUGCUCAUAAGAUGAAUGCCGUCCCAGUUCUCAACCAGUCCCGAAUUCUUGAGGGUCACAAUGAAAGUGUGCAGCAGAAGGCCGAGACGCUGGAGGUGGAUUGCAGGCGAAGCCAAGAGCAAGUGGCGACGAUGACGGACUUGCUAAACGCCCUUGAUAGACGCGUGGCGAGCAUCGAGGGUGUUUGUGGCCGCUUCGAGCCGAUGUCAGACAGUCUGAAACGGAUUAAAGAUGGACUCAACAAACACGUGAACGGCCUGUGGACCUGCGUCCGCCAACUUAACAGCACAGUGCGCACACAUACCAGAGACAUUAACACGUUCAAAGCCAACUCUUCACGAUUCGGGCAGGACGGGAUCACCAACAUGCAAUAUACAGGUGUUCGUGAUGGUACACCAGCUGUAAACGUGUCCAUGGAAGGAGACCUUUCACUCUCACAGCGGCCCGUGAUGAUGUCAGGGGAGGCGGGGCCUCCUGGAACCAAACUCUCAUUGCACGCCCCUCAGGGCACCAAUGUGAGCAUCACACCCGUUACAGGCUACGCCGGAGCUCCUGGUUACCCACAGUAUCCUGCGGGUGGGCUCAGUCCCGAUUCUGUGUCCGCACAGAUUCCAUUAAAGAUGGUUCAAAUGGCCUCAGGUGAAGAGCGAGCGAUUACACGCGUGUCGUUUUCGGCCGGUCUAACGCUUCUGCCGUUUCCUGGUGAAAUUGCCAUCAUACGAUUUAACAACGUUCUCUUAAAUGAUGGAGGACAUUACGACCCGAAAACAGGCAUGUUCACAGCACCAGUGGAUGGACGGUACCUGCUCAGCGCCGUUCUGACAGCACAGACUGGAGAGCGAGUGGAAGCCUCUCUCUUAGUAGCCAACCGCAACAUCCAGAAGCUCUACACCGCUGGAGUGGGGGGCGGAGCCGGUGAGGGGUGUGUCUGUGGAGGGUCCGCCUCUCUGAGUCUUGCUCUUAAUCUGAAGCGAGGUCAGAGGGCGGGGCUUGUGCUGACCUCUGGGAAGCUGGCGAUAUCUGCGUCCAGUGAAAUUCUGUCUUCAUUCAGUGGGGUGUUGCUUUACCCAACAGUGGCCAAACGAUAGCCAACGGCAACACUAAAGUCUAGAGUUCCAUACACAGAAAGACGUCUAAAACCACUUUGGAAAUUCUGGGGUUGAAAAUCUAAGAUGAAGAUUUUUAUGACAUGAUCACGUGAGUCAUGAGGUUUAUGUCAGCUCAAGUGUAAAAGAAGAAUGAACCAACAAAUAUUAAAAACAAUUAUCAUCUUAAAACGUAUAAUUUUAUGUUUAGUUUGUUUUUCAAUUUAAAAUUUUCAUUAUUGUCGAAAAAUGCAAAAGAGAAACCAAUUGUCUCAUGGUUUUAUGGACCUUGUAUAGACCACUUCGGGAGACGGUGGUCCAGAAGAACUUCCUGUUUAAACAAACAUUUAAACAAAAUACAACAAUCAGAACAUUCAUACCCAUAUAACAAUUUUAAACUGAUGUCUUUUUUUACUUCCCUGUAUAUGUAAGAUUAAAAAAAUCUGACAACAAUUAUAGGCUACAAUAAUAUAAUGAAACCGGAAGUGGUUCUUGAUCAGUGUUUACAUCUUGCGAAGUGGUCUAAAUUUUCCUUUGAGAUGGAAGCUAAACAGAAUGAGCAUCCAUUGAAAAAAAACAAUAGCUCAACAUUAAUUGGAAAAACUACAUUUGCAUGGGGUCUGUGUGGUGGGACACUUGACGUUUGUGUGAAAGCAGAAGUCAGAAAAGUAAUUGACGUGAUCCAAAUAACUACACAAAAACGACACAAUUUUGUAGAUUUUGGAAUUAUAUGUUUCUAUCUGCAUUCUGAGCAGUUAUGAGAUGUUGAGCUUUAACUUUUUCACAUUGCAUUGAACAUUUUUGCUUUUUAAAAAAGUCCCAAUAUGCACAGCGUAAAGAAUGUAAAUGUUAAUGAGUUGUCACAGAAUAAGAAUAUGAAUAACUCAAUUUCGCCAAGAAAGUACAUCAGAUAGAACCUUACAACUACAAGGUGACCCGAAUCAUCCUGGGCACAAGCUAACAUGGGUUUUGUCUGUCAUUGAAGUUACACAAAGUGUAUUAGAAUUUAUGCCACCCGACGACCGAAUUCGAACUCUCUUGCUUUUUUUUUCUUAGAUAUCUUACAUAACACUUUACAAUAAGGUUAUAUUUGUGAACGAUAGUUAAUGCAUUGGCUAACUAAAAGUAACAACCCUUUUGAAAAAAACAGCAUUAGCUGGGUAAGGUAUGUUUUGAUGCUGGUUUGGGCAUCAAAUGACCAGCACAUGACCAUCUUAAACCCGCAUCAAACCAUACUUAACCAGCAUAUGCUGUUGUUCUUCAACAGGGAAUGAACAAUAUAACAGCAUUUAUUAUUAUAUCAUGAUGAAUUCAACAUUUACUUAUACAUUAAAAAAUCAAACUUUUUAUCUGUUCAUCCACAUAGACUAACAUGGAUUGCCAUUAUCACAAACAAACAUUAAUAAGUGCUAAAAACUGUAUUGUUGGUUCAUGUUAGCUAAAGCGUUUACCAAUGUCAACAAGUUUAACCUUCUUGUUAAGUGUAACUCCCUAACUCGCAAUUCUUUGUUUACAAGUUACACACUAGAUUUCAGUUAUUCAUGAAAGAUGUGUUAUGUGUUUUUAUAUGCGGUCAUGUUGAAUGUUUAAUCACUGGUGCGGUCAUUUGUACACAAACAGGACUACUGUAUGCAGAAUGUAUUGCUGAUUCUCCAUAUUUUCGUUUUAUGAUCAACAUGAAUGUAUAUGCCCUCAUUCAAAUGAGACAAAAUGUUUUCUGUAAGUUUAAAUGGCAUGUUCAUUGAUCAUGUCAUUGAUCAUUUAUAACUGUCUUUACAACGUAAUAUAUGUUUUGUGCAGAAAAGAAAUGUACAGCUACAGUAUAUACACCCGCAAAGGCAUUUUAAUUGAUAUGACAAGUGCAACAAAAAAUGUUACCAAAUAUGUGCAAAUAAGCUUCCUGUUAUAAAUUAAAGCUUUUUUAACAACA